AGAAAACCGGCGCUGAUUUUAAACUUUGAGCAAGAAUGUGAAAACUUUAUCAAAUAGGUGUGGCUCUGCUGUUGUUGGUGUGGGAACCAACCACAUAACCUUUGCUUUAAACAUUGGACGUUAUUACGUUACAUGUCAGCCACACUAUCAUCGGAAAAACAUUGCACAGUAGCUGCAUGCAGUAACACACGAUGGAGUCGUCUGUGGUGAACUUGCACAACCAGUUCCAGAGUCUGAGAGCCCAGGUGGACGGUCUGAAUGAGGGCAUUGAACCACAGUUCCUCCAGAUGGCAGUUAACUUUGAGGAGUGCCGUAAGAAGUGGAUGCUAGCAGGUGAGGAGCUGGUUUCCUGUAAAGAAGUGCUGACAAAAGCAGAGACCGAGAGAGGAGCCUUGGAGGUCAAGCUAAAGCAUGCCCGCAACCAGGUGGAUGUGGAGAUCCGCCGGCGGCAGAAGGCGGAGGCAGUUCAUGAGAAGCUGGAACGUCAGCUCCAGCUGAUCCGGGAGCUGCUGAUAUCGGAGAACAACGGUAACAGUGUCUACCUGAGUGAGGAGCAGCGCUCCGCCCUGGCCUUCCUCAGUGCUCACUCACAGACAGCACAGGCUGCUAAGAGCAACCUCAACUCCAGUCGAAGGUUAACUAUCAUUGAUGAAUCAGCUUCUUUGAUGUCAGACAUCAGCUAUGACCAAACGGACGACUCUCUGGACUGGGAUUCCGCCGCGAUGAAGACUGUGCGACUGCGGAAACGCCAGAAACGACGUUCCUCCAGAAAACUCUCUGAGGUUCCUCCACUGGCAAUGAAGAAACCUCGCUCCACUGGACGAACAACAGAAAGGAUGAAUGAGUCUAUAGUGACAAAGACCACCAUCACUGUCCCGAUGAACGGUGGUGCUGUCGAGGCCGUCUCCACCAUUGAAGCUGUUCCUUACUGGACGCGCAGCAGAAAGAGCGUUGCUCCAGCAUGGGGUGAUACUACCACUACUGACCAAUCUGAGACCGCAAGUGAGGCUCCAAGCAUACCAGUCUCCACUUUACCAGCCCAGCUCCGAACCCCCAGACCUAAUGGAGGAGGAAAGAAGCACCAGUUCACCCCCAAAACAGUGAUCAAGUCUGAGUUCUGCGUACCAUGUGGAAGAAGAACAAAGUUUGGCAAGAUGUACCUUCGGUGCCAGGAUUGUAAGGUUGUGAGCCAUCCAGAGUGUCGUGACUACUGUCCCCUGCCCUGCAAUCCGCCAGCCGUUGGCACUCCCAUCAUGACCGCAGAGAGCACCUUGGCUGACUUUGCUCCAGCCACCUCCCCAAAGAUCCCAGCGAUGGUUAUCUACUGUAUUAAGGAGAUUGAACACAGAGGCCUACAUGAGGUUGGCCUGUACAGAGUCUCUGGCCAAGAGCGCAUGGUGAAAGAGCUGAAGGAGAAGCUGAUUAGAGGAAAGACUCUGCCGCCACUCCACAAAGUGGAUGACAUUAACGUCAUUGCAGGUGUCCUCAAAGACUUCCUCAGAAACCUCCCAGAGCCACUGCUGACCUUCCACCUCAACAAGGUUUUCAUGGAAGCAGCUGAAAUCCAGGAUGAUGGCAACAGUCUCGCCAUGCUGUAUCAGACCAUCAGUGAGCUGCCUCCACCCAACCGAGACACUCUGGCCUGCCUUAUGAUCCAUCUGCAAAAGGUCUCUGAAUGUGUGGAUACCAAGAUGGAUGUGAACAACCUGGCCCGGGUGUUUGGCCCUACUCUUGUGGGUCAUGCUGUUCCCGACCCAGACCCUAUGACCAUCCUGCAUGACACAAACCGACAACCACGGGUUGUAGAGCGCAUGCUUAGUAUUCCAGCAAACUACUGGGGCCAGUUUGCUUAUCCAGAUAAUACCGGCAUGGACAAUGCUCACCACACCGAAACUCCAGACUUCAAAGUGAGCAUAUUGGGACCACUGACCACUCCAGAGCACCAGAUGAUGGCCAAAACACCCUCCUCCAGCUCGCUGUCUCAGCGCAUGAAGCAGACCCUCUCCAGCACCACGAUAUUUGGGAGCAAGAGCAAAGCAUCAGCCGCCUCUCACCGCCAGGGAAACUUCUUCGCCUCUCCACAGCUGAAGUAAUGGUGAAGGAGAAAAUAUUCCUCUUCAAUAUUCACCCAUAUUGUAUUUCUGGGUUGCUUACUGCAAUAACUGAAGAUAUAUUCGUAACACAUAAUCGUGUGAGAAAACUACUGUGCAAUUUUAGCAUGUAACAAUUUUAUUACCGAGUUUUUAAAAAAAAAAAUUUUAUACAAGACAUUCUAACCUGAUUUCUUUGAAAAGAUUACUGCUUGAGUGUUUGUUUUUAUAUCUUUGAUUACUAAUGAUUUAUUAUUGACCAAAACUGUGGCGACGUCUGUAUGAUUGUAAGCGGUUUGAAGGCUUUGACCAUGCAACCAUCCAAAAAUUAUUUAAGGAUCAUAUGCUCUGCUUUGUGUUCAAAAGCUCUGCAUCCACAGGUGUUGGUCUGUCUUUGAACCUGUGGUUGUAACCACAGCGACAGGGGUGCUCGACCACGCGUGAAAUACACAUCUGCAUUUGACAAAGAGGAAAGAAAUUGUAUUAUUGGCCAGUGUCUCUUUGUCUCUUGGCAUUGGUUGCCUUAUCAUUGUCCUGAAACUGACACAUUUAUUUUGUUUUAACAUUUUGUUUUAUAUUUGUUGAUUGUGCGCUAUGAUGUAUAUGAAUCAUGUCAAUUUAUACACCAACAAUCCUGCAAUGUAAACCCUGAUACUGAAUGGGAACAAUAUUGCCUUUUGCACCGUCUAUGUAACAAUGGGGAGUCUACCUGGGAGUGCACGCCACUAGAGGCUGCUGUUGCACCACUUUUGAUAGGCAAGCCAUAACUAAUGAAGAUAAUCUACUGCAUGUUCUGCACACAACCAGUGAGUAUUACUGACACUCAUUACAAUCAACAGAUCAUUGGAAACACUAAGUUAUUGCUGCGAUGUAGGACAGUUCAGCGAAGAUGUAUCUCCAUCACAAGCCAGAGGUCUGAGACGCUUUCUGUGUGGUCGUCACAAAAUACAACCUGGAGCUUCUUUAAUCUAGGAAUAAAACAGAUUUUAUUAUAACAGUUACAUCUCCAGCAAUGCACAAGAAGUGCCUUUUCCUCUGAGGACAUUUUCUCUCUGCUGCCAUGCUUUUAGAAGCUCCAAGUUUUAGCGCGAUGAUGACAUUACUGAUACGAGUAUUAGUUAUUUAGAGGAGAAAUAUUUAUGUUGACAACAGCUGAUUAUCAGUAUUUAGUCAUUAAAGCAAAUCUAACCAUGUUUUGUUUGGCGGUUUAAAAAGAAAAUGUGCAUCGCCGGAGAUUGUGGGACUCAAGUAUAACUACACUGCUUUUUUACAUUGUUGUACAUUUAUUUCAUUAUAUGGAUCUAUUGUCUAAUGAUGUAGUUACCAAAGAUUGGAUUGAAUGUUAACCUUCAUUUCUUUGUCUUUGCUCCAAUAAGAUCACACAAAAGUCAAUUGUUGAGCUAAAAAUAAAACAUCAAAGGCUAAUUCUUUUGUCUUGGUGGGUGUUGUUCAUGCAUGAGCUGGGCAUGUGGGGUG